AUGGUUAUGGAAGUGGUGCAUGAAGAAGACAACAUGCAAUGUACGAAUCAUCCAUACAUGAGCAGCAGCAGCAGCCCAGGUGGGAUCUGUGCAUUUUGCCUCCAAGAAAAGCUUGGAAAUUUAGUCUCUUCAUUUCCUGUACCCAUUUUCCCUUCUUCUCCCUCAUUCAGAUCUGAACAAGGAGGUGGCGCCACCGCCACCGCCCGCCACCGUGGAUCUUCAAGGCUGCCUUCUGUUUUCAAGAGAAGCAAAUCUACUACCAAUAAUACAAGAGGGGGUAUGCAUUUCUUGAAUGAUUCAGAAGAUUAUAGCCCAAAUAAAAGAGGGUUCUGGUCAUUUCUUUACUUAACAAAGCCCAAGAAAACUGUAAAGAACCGUAAAGAUUCAGACUUUACAUCAGGUGACAAGAAGAAAGAAGAUCAACUUGUGGCCACUGAUGAGAAUGAUGAGAUCAAUCCUGAUGAUCAUCGGGUGGGUUUAGACCGAAAAGUGUCAAGAUCAAGAUCUGUUGGCUGUGGAAGCAGGAGAUUUUCUGGUGACCUCUUUGAGAGAAUUUCAACUGGCUUGGGUGAUUGUACUCUCCGCAGAGUGGAGUCGCAUAGAGAAAACAAGUCCAAUAAUGGGCAAGAUCGUACCAAGGAGAGAGCAAUCAGGUGUGGUGGAAUUUUAAGUAAUUUGAUGAUCACAUCAUCAUCAAAUUGGGCCCCUUCUUCAAUUCAAGAUCAAGAUCAUGUGGUAGGGAAAUCAUCAGGAGCAAUCACACAUGGAAGGAGUAGAAGUUGGGGAUGGGCACUUGCUAGUCCAGUUAGGGCCUUUUCUGGCAAAAGGGAUUCUUCUUCUACAAACAAGAAAACUACUCCUAAUUUGUCUGCAAUUCCUUCAUUGUUGGCUGUGAGUUGA